UUUCUGAGAAAGAGUUGAGGCGUCCGGUGAUCAUUGAAAUUGAAGCAGCAGCAACUGGAGUUCUAAUAAAAUGGCUGCCUCGUGGUCGUGGUCGUGGCCGUGGCCGUGGCCGAUCCAACCUUCAUCAUCCACCUCUGUGAGACCGUCUAAGGGCCUUCAGGAGAAAAUAGCGUAUCUAGGGCUGAGUGUCGGCAGCAGAAAACAGGGGUAUCAGCGGGAGAGAGCAAUGACUGUGAGCAUGGCAAAAUACAAAUACAAAGGAACGCGGAUGAGAGAGAAGCUUCUGACGGAGAUGAUUGAGAAGAAGGUGAUGGAAGCAAAGGAGGUUUGCAAGGGGGACGAGACCUCAGGCUCUGAUGAGUGCAAGGUGGCCUGGGACCAGGUGGAGGAGGUUAGCCAAGCUAAGGCCCAUCUCCUACGUAAACUACAGACUCAAGAUCCCCUGGAGUAUUUCUGUCGAGACAAUCCUCAGCUUGACGAGUGUCAAAUUUACGAGGAAUGAGUGAUCCGAUCCCCUAUGUGUCUCGUCUUGUGUUCUGUUCUAUAUCAACUAUCAACUAUCUACUAUCAAAUCCACUCCUUUUCUUUUCUUUUGUCAAAAUCAAUGCUGCAUCUGUCCACAAUUCCACUUUCUAAA